UCUCUCAGUCCUGAUCGUUCCUCUUAUCACAGAAACACGCAUCUCUGGCAAACUGCGCUCAGUCCCAGCUCUCGCCAUGGCAAGUGCGCGCUUUCCUCGGCUCCUCUGUUUGCUUUUUGUCCUCAUCAGCACUUGCACUGUAAUGGGAAAUGUCGGGACGGCAGACGUAGACGAGUGUUCCAUGGGUACAGAUGACUGCCACAUCGAUGCUCUGUGCCAAAACACCCCAAAGUCCUUCAGGUGCAUCUGUAAGGCUGGUUACAGGGGAGACGGCAAGCACUGUGAAGAUAUGGACGAGUGUGAUAAUGACUACAAUGGCGGGUGCGUGCACGACUGCAUCAACAUCCCUGGUAACUACAGAUGCACGUGCUAUGAUGGCUUCAUGCUGGCAGAUGAUGGACAUAACUGUCUAGAUGUGGACGAGUGUCAGGACAACAACGGCGGAUGCCAGCAGAUCUGCGUGAACACCAUGGGCAGCUACGAGUGCCAGUGCAAAGAGGGCUUCUUCCUGAGCGACAACCAACACACCUGCAUCCACCGCUCUGAAGAUGGGAUGAACUGCAUGAACAAGGACCAUGGCUGUGCUCACAUCUGUAGGGAGACUCCUAAAGGUGGUGUGUCAUGCGAGUGCAGGCCAGGGUUCGAACUGGCCGAGAACCAGCAGGACUGCAGAUUGACGUGUAACUACGGAAAUGGCGGCUGCCAACACACUUGUGAAGACACUGACACAGGACCGGUGUGCGGCUGCCACCAGAAAUACGCCCUGCACUCUGACAGCAAGACCUGCAUCGAGAAAGAUGAGGCUGCAAUUGAGAGCUCUGAGUUCAAUACCACGUCAGUAGCUGAUGUGGACAAGCGGGUGAAACGGCGUCUACUUAUGGAGACCUGUGCAGUAAAUAAUGGUGGAUGUGAUCGCACAUGUAAAGACACGGCCACUGGAGUCCGCUGCAGCUGUCCAGUCGGCUUCACCCUGCAGCCUGAUGGCAAGACUUGCAAAGACAUAGACGAGUGUCUGGAGAAUAAGGGAGGCUGUGAUCAUAUUUGUAGAAACACGGUGGGAAGCUUCGAGUGCAGCUGUCGCAAAGGCCAUAAACUCCUCACCAACGAACGCACGUGUCAAGACAUUGACGAGUGCUCGUUUGAGAGGACGUGCGAUCACAUCUGCAUCAACUAUGAAGGAAGUUUUGAGUGUGUGUGCCAGAAGGGCUACACUCUCUAUGGCCUCACACACUGCGGAGAUAUUGAUGAGUGCAGCAUCAAUAAUGGACGCUGUGAGUACGGCUGUGUGAACACACAGGGCAGUUAUGAGUGUGUGUGUCCUCCUGGAAAGAAGCUGCACUGGAACAAGAAAGACUGUGUUGAUGCAGUGAACUGUCUGCCCAAUGGCAAGCCGGCGCCUCGCGCUCUGCUUAGCUGCACUAAGACAGCCGGAGUGGAGACGUGUUCUCUGUCCUGUCCAUCGAACGCCCUGUUCCAGGCAGACUCUGAGAACAGUUACACCCUGAGCUGUGGAGUACCGGUUCAAACAGGCAAAUCCGUACCAAAGAACAUCACCACCUCCACUCUACAGAGCUGCCCCGAGGCACUGGCGCAGCCUGUAAAACAGAAGGCACGGUUCAAGAUCAAGGAUGCGAAGUGCCACCUGAGACCACGCAACAAAGAGAAGCAUCGAGAUGGGGCCAAGCAGGGCCUGCAAGGAGCUCAGUUUCCCUGCACAGAAGACUGCCAGGUGACGUUUGUAAAUCUGAAGUGUGAGUCUUCUAAAAAGCGCCGGCGAGGGCGAAAGUCUCCGACUAAAGAGGUCUCACACAUCACUGCUGAGUUUGAGAUGGAAAUGAAGGAGGAGGAGGCUUCAGAAUCGUGUAAUGUGGAUUGUGUUCGAGAAAAGACGAAGCAGAGGUUGCAGAACACACUGCGCACCCUGAGGAAGUCCAUCAUUAAGCAGCAAUUCUAUAUCCAGUUCUCGGGCUCAGCGUACGAGGUGGCGCAACGUGCCGUCCGUCCACCAGAGACAGAAGAGAGCUGUAGCACGGGUCAGGUCCUCACCAAGGGAAAGUGCGUCAGCUGUGGUGUAGGGACAUUCUACAGCGGCGAGCAAGACAGGUGUGUCCAGUGUCCACCAGGAACCUAUCAGGACAUGGAGGGUCAGCUGUCCUGUGAGCCGUGUCCCGCUGCCGAAACCCAGAGCAUUACGGGGGCCAAGAAUGUCUCUGAGUGUGGAGGUCUGUGUCCUGCUGGUCAUUUCUCUGCCGACGGUUUCCAGCCGUGUCAGCCGUGUCCACUAGGCACCUUCCAGCCGGAGCGUGGGCGUGUGCUCUGCUUCCCCUGUGAAGGAGGACUCAUGACCAAACACACUGCAAGCACCUCUUUCAGAGACUGUGAAGCCAAAGUACACUGUGCUUCAGGACACUACUACAACUCCAGCACACACCGUUGUAUCCGUUGUCCUGUUGGUACUUAUCAGUCUGAGUUUGGGCAGAAUUACUGCAUCACCUGUCCCGGAAACACCACCACUGAUUUUGAUGGAGCUACAAACGUCUCACAGUGCAAGAAUCAAAUGUGUGGGGGUGAGCUGGGGGAUUUUAUGGGCUAUAUCGAGUCCCCUAACUAUCCUGGAGAUUAUCCGUCUAACGUGGACUGUGUGUGGACCAUCAACCCUCCUAACAAGAGGCGGAUCCUCAUUGUGGUGCCCGAGAUCUUCCUCCCUAUCGAGGACGAGUGUGGAGACGUACUGGUCAUGAGGAAAAGCUCCCAGCCCACAUCCAUUACCACCUAUGAGACGUGUCAGACGUACGAGAGGCCAAUCGCAUUCACCUCCCGCUCCCGCAAACUCUGGAUCCAGUUCAAGUCUAACGAGGGCAACAGCGGCAAAGGCUUUCAAGUUCCCUAUGUCACCUACGAUGAGGAUUACCAGCAGCUCAUUGAGGACAUUGUUCGAGAUGGUCGACUCUAUGCAUCAGAAAAUCACCAGGAGAUAUUAAAAGAUAAGAAGCUGAUUAAGGCUCUGUUUGACGUCUUGGCUCACCCUCAUAACUACUUCAAGUACACAGUUCAGGAGUCCAAAGAGAUGUUCCCGCGCUCCUUCAUCAAGCUGCUACGCUCCAAAGUCACCAGGUUUCUACGGCCUUACAAAUAGAAACCUGCAGCGCUGCUCUUUCCUUCCCCAACUCCUCCUCUUCUUCUCAUCUUCUUUCACACACCUCUGUUUCCCCUUCACUCAGCUGCUUUUUUCUGUCUGCAUCCCUCUGGAGAGUUUCCACUCGCUAGCUAAAUCCCAGAAUGCCUCACUGCGACACAAAGUGGAGGUCUGGUCUUCCUCCUACCUCUUCUCUGGAGUCUCACUUUUCUAUUUCCUUUAUAAGCCUUUUUUUGUUCCAUUGUUUAUAUUUUGCUUUGGGAUUUUUUAAAAUGCUUUUGAAUAUUUAUAUGUGCUACAUCUUGCAGAGACCCAAUUUUCCCGGAUGUUUAAUAUCUAUAUAUUUGUAUAUGUAUGUACGUAUGCAUGUAUAUGUGUAUGUGUGUUAUGCCUGUGCCCUGCAGGCGUACAUUCAUACACACAUAGAUAUAUAUUGUUAGUAUGAAAAAAUUAGUUCAUGCCCCAGACAUGCACAAGAUUGCGUUUAGAAAUGACUGGUGUGCACUUAAUUAUUUUUUUUUCCAAAAACAAAAUAAUUUCAGUAUGGAGAAUGGAAUUAGUUUAUGAACAUGAACUAAAGGUGAACAACAGUGUUGAACAGCACAGCAAAGAGAAAUAGAUGAUUAAAAACCAUAUAUAACAAGAUAAAGACUACCUGCUGGUAACAUUGGGUUACUAUAGAGUUACACUUGUUUUGUAACUAACAUUUGGAACUUUAAUUGCACUUGAAUUUUAUAUUGUAAACUUUAGAGAAAAAAAUUAUGUUACUUUUUUUUCCUUAUGUUUGUGUUGUAUAGAAAUGUUUUACAUUUGGUUGUCCUGAUUGCUCCUCUCUCCUGGCUGAAAUGGGAUUAAAAAACAAGUCUCACCUCUUCUGAAUGCCAAAAAAACAGUUAAGCCUAUAUUAACCCCUUAAAGUCCCAGAUUAUUAUUUAGUUAAUAAUCUUAUAGUACGCUAUUCGGCCAGCUUUGUGGUCUUGGACUCAUGGCAUCGACAAGAUUCAAGUUUGCAAUCUCCGGACAAUAGGGCAAACGCUUUUCUGUUGCGCCACUCAGGAGCCCAGGGAAAGACUGUUUAUAGCUGCUAUAGCGUAAGUGAUAACAGGAACUAACUUGCACAACAUCACUAUAAAUAGAAAAAAAGUACAGUGUAUAGGUUUUUAAACAAAAAAAUUGUUAGUGUUGGCCUAUUGCUGUGGUAUAAGGGGAAUAAAACACUUCAGAACAUGCUGUUACUGGAAAAUAAAAUAAUAAUAAUAAACUUUCAGGUUGUAACAGUAACUCUGCUUUAUGCCAGGUCAUAUCACACCACCUCAUUGUUGAAUAUUUUUAACAGCAGUUUGCCAAGUUUUUUAUUUCUUACCUCAGUAACUAAGCGACUCAGUAACUAAAGGCCAAUAGGAAAGGUGUAUAGUUAUUAUAGUGAGGAAUGCAAUUCUGGGACUUUAAGGGGUUUAAUAUAUGAACAGAAUUGGACUUUUGUUUGAAACAUGUUAAUUAUAUAUAGUAAAUGCAUAUUAACAACAUUUGCGUGCUGUGCACAUGGUAGAAAGCACAAAACAGCUCUCAUUUUAGACAUAACAUUUGCAGCGCUUGAAAUCAUAACACAUCAAUUUCAGUGGCAUAUGAAGUGUUAAAUUUAAGGAAUGUUAGCUUUAACUUUAUGAAUGUAUCAUGUGGGAGGUGAUGUGGGUUUUUGGUUGAAUAAGAGAAGAUUAUUUUCUGCUAACUGGUGAAUAUUUUGUAUAAAAUGGCUCUGUAUGUGUGUCUAGAUGUAUCAGUAAGGUCAGUGGGAUUCUUACACAUCAUGUUCAUCAUUGAAAUUGGGCAGACUAUAAAUGUGUUUAAAGAAGUAGACUCUGAGUUGUAACACUGUUCUCUACAUGCAAUACAUGGAUUUUUACCCUA